GAAUGGUCCAAAAUCCCUGCUGCUGUGUUUGGAAACCUCGUCAAGGACUACAGGAAAUAUCUGAUAUCUGGAAUUACAAAGGUUUCUGUACCAAACAUUAAAAUUUGUUUUUCAGAUGUAUCAAAUACUUAUGUCAUGCAAUAAAAUGCAAAACUUAAAAAUCACACAAUAUGUUUUUCUGGAUUUUUGUUUUAGAACCAGUGACUCACAGUUGAAGAGAACCUAUGAUUAAAGUUAAAAACGUCUACAUGCUUUGCAAGUGGGGAAAACCAGCAAAAUUGGCGGUGCAUCAAAUAAUUGUUCUCCCCACUGUAUAUAAAGUAGAUGUGUGUAAUGAAACUAUCCACUGAACAUUUGCCAAGAGCAGUGAAUCCAAAAUAUGGCAGAUUGUUUUUCCGAGAUGUGCCUGUUUAUAUUUCCAACCACCAGAGAGCGUCAAACCUUGAUCUAGUCCUUAUUGCUGAAGCUGUUGUUUAAGAUAUAUUUUGUUUUACAAUGUGGACUUAGUUGUAUCACUGCAGAGACUCUCAGUGUUAUCAAAUUACCCAUAUUUGUCGGGAUGCUUAUUUUAUGACCCACUUGCAUUUAAUAAUGUUUAAGCCCUUAAAAUGACGUUGUAGUUCUGAGCAACAUAGCCAUGAGUCAAACAUGUAGACUCCCCCCACAUCAAUAGCAAAAACACGUGUUAUGAAAUAAACCAACGGAGACUACAUCUCUGUUUGAUCUUUUACGUAAGAAAUUUUCGAGCUUAAUCCUGUUAGUUUAACGGACUAACUCUUGCGGCGGAAAGACAUGCCGUUGGUGUGUUCCGCGGUGAAGAGCGUAUAAAAACUGAACAUUUAUUUCUAGGUAUUGUUUGACUCUAUGCAGCGGAGUUGGAGUACCCAAGCGAUAUACUGGGGCACCGACUUUAUGUCGGUACUUUAGCGUGUAGUAUUUGACAUCAAAUGUAAUUACAGUCGCUCCCAGUGCAUACGGAAGUCCAGUCGACGAAGACAACCAGUGCUGCUGGAAGUAUUCCUACGGAUGUAGCGGGCAGUGUUUUUCAGCAUUGGGGAGAUGUCUUGUAGACAUGAACGACUUGUCGAAGAUAUUUGGACUGCCGUCUGUGGAUGAACAGAAAUUCAAUGUUUGCAUUUGAAACAUUGUAUUCUUGAGAUGUUUAGGCUAACUGCUGAACGUCAACCUGUUCGUUAAUGUUGGUUAGGUUUUGGUUUAAAUGUUAGUAGAGCAGUGACCUAUUGAGCUUAUGUUGUUGUUAGCAUGUUUGCGCAGACCUGCUGUGGUAUGCAGCUAUGACGCUAGGUGUAGCCACAGGGUUAUGUCACGGUCAGACUAACGUAUUGCUCUGCAGCUGGUCCAGGCUUCGCAGAGUUGUGUCCGCCCGGCUUCACAUCAUGUAGACAAUCUAUGGUGAUAAGUAAGGUGUCUGGGGACAGAGUGUGUUAGCGAGCAGUCGUUCAACUGGGCCACUGACACAGUUAGGCUAAGGAUUGAUGGUAGCUAUACUCAAAGCGGUCUGAUCUGUUGUGAUAUUACAAACAUCCCAGCCUGCUCGCAAGGCACUAGAACGCAUCAUCACCGGCCUACAUCUCUUAUUUACACCACAAAGGUACAUCAGGGCAACCUGCCAUGAAAUAAGUGCAGCCAGAAGAAGCAGCAUCAGCUCGGAGCGGAUAUUUUCCUCCUGGAAACUCAUCUCAGUUCUCAGCUGAUCUAUUUGCCUUAUAAUGAUGGAAACUGUGGGAGAUUUUGAGUACAGCAGAAAGGACCUGGUUGGACAUGGAGCGUUUGCGGUGGUGUUCAAGGGAAGACACAGAAAGAAAACUGACUGGGAGGUGGCCAUUAAGAGCAUUAAUAAGAAGAACCUGUCCAAGUCCCAGAUCCUCCUUGGCAAGGAAAUCAAAAUCCUUAAGGAACUGCAACAUGAAAACAUUGUGGCUCUUUAUGACGUUCAGGAAACUCCCAACUCUGUUUUCCUGGUGAUGGAGUACUGCAAUGGAGGUGAUCUUGCUGACUAUCUGCAAGCUAAAGGGACUCUAAGAGAGGACACACUGAGGGUUUUCCUCCAGCAGAUUGCCGCUGCCAUGCGCAUUCUCCACAGCAAAGGAAUCAUCCACCGUGACCUGAAACCCCAGAACAUACUGCUGUCAUACGUGGGCCGCAAGAAGUCCAACAUAAGUGGCAUCCGAAUCAAAAUUGCUGACUUUGGUUUUGCACGAUACCUCCAGAGCAACAUGAUGGCAGUCACACUUUGCGGCUCACCAAUGUACAUGGCCCCAGAGGUCAUCAUGUCCCAGAACUAUGACGCCAAGGCCGACCUGUGGAGCAUCGGAACGGUUAUCUAUCAGUGUCUGGUUGGCAAGCCACCAUUCCAGGCUAACAGUCCCCAGGAUUUGAGGUUAUUUUAUGAGAAGAACAAGAAUCUACAACCCAUAAUCCCUAGGGAAACAUCUCCUCAGCUUGGUGACCUUCUGCUUGGCCUGCUGCAGAGGAGCCAGAAAGACAGGAUGGACUUUGACACAUUUUUUAGCCAUGCUUUCUUGGAACCAUCGUCCACCAUUAAAAAAUCGUGUCCAGUGCCCGUCCCCAGCGUCCCCAACGCUGUCACAGAAGGUUCCUGUGGCUCCUCCCCAUCCAUCCGUUACAGCUCUCCUCCUUCUCUUCCGGAUAUGCAGACUUUAGCUGAGGAUGGUCUGUCAUCGCCUCCGCUUGGUCCUCCCAACUUCCUGCAGCUGUCCAAAGAGUCUGCAGGAAGCACCAGCAGCAAGAACUCCUCCUGUGACACUGAUGAUUUUGUUCUGGUGCCUCACAUCUCAACUGACAGCUAUGACCACCCAGUAGGAGCAGGUCGCCAGCCAUCCAAUGACUUUCUUAUGUGUGGAGGGCAGCCGCAGCCCACCCAGGGACCGGCUACUUUGGUGUCCCCGCGGGCCGAAACCACCCCUAUUCCUGUUCCCACCCAGGUGCGCAACUACCAGCGGAUCAAGCAGAACCUCUCCAGCAGCCCGAGCAGCACUCUCUACAGCUCCCCCAGGUCAGGAACAGUAAGGCGCUCCAACACAAGUCCUAUGGGCUUUCCAAAAGUGGGCUCAGGGUCUCCCAGUUCAACGGACGCCCCUCAGACAGCGGGCCGGCGACUCUCUACAGGCAGCUCUCGUCCCUACUCCCCCUCACCUCUUGUUGGUACCAUUCCUGAGCAGCUGGGCCACUGCUGCUGCCACCUGCAGAACCAGGAACCUCGCAUCCGCAGCUCUUUGGGAGGUUCUCCGGUUCCCUCCUCUCAGCUUCUGGGUGCUCGGCUUCAAAGCGCUCCAACGCUGACAGAGUUCUACCAGACCAGACAGAAGCUCCAUAAGCAACUGUCUGACCCUGUGCAGCCCUCCUCCUGCUCCUCUUCAUCCUCCUGCAGUCACUCCACUCAGCUUGGCCGGCCAGCCAACCUUGGCUCCUCCCCCACCAAGUUGUUGGGGUCUUCCCCACGCACCUCUGACUGGCUUCAAAAGUCCCCUUUGCCAACAAUCAUUGGUUCCCCCACCAAGACAAUUUCUGCCCCGUUCAAGAUUCCUAAAACGCAGGCUUCCUGCAACCUGAUGGCUCUGGCAGAUAGUCCACUUCCUACAAAGACGUUAGCAGAUUGUCGGGAAAUCUGCAGCCACCACUGCAACCCGUACCUCACAGGACGAGCUGCUGCACCAGAGGCCAGCAGAACCUUUGGCAGAUCCGUCAGUACAGGUCGUCUGUCUGAACAACCAAUCAGAAUCACUCUGGGCGGACAAGCGUACCAGGGCAGCACUGACAGUCUGAACACUGAGCGACCCAUGGAUACAGCUCCCAGCAUGGCUCAAGGAAGAUCAGCAAGUCCACGUACUGUCCUUUUCACUGUGGGCUCUCCACCCAGCAGCAGCACACCUCCUACCUGCAGCCACCUGGGUGCCCGACCUCGCACCAUUUCUGUGGGUUCCAACAGUUCAGCUGGUUCCUUGUGCUCCACGAGUGGUCGGGUGUGUGUGGGGUCACCCCCAGGCAUGGCCAUAGGGUCCUCUCCACCAGGAAGUUUAGGGGUUGUCCACGGUGUUCCAGGACCAGAUGGAGGACCCAGCAGCCUGCGCUAUGUACCCUAUGGGACCUCUCCUCCCAGCAUGGAGGGGUUCAUCACUUUUGAAGCUCCAGAGCUGCCUGAGGAGACCCUGAUGGAGCGUGAGCACACAGACACCCUGAUGCACCUUCGUAUGAUGCUUUCCUUCACUGACUGCAUUCUUGAGAUGACAGCAGUCCGAGCUGGGGGGGCAGAGCUUGGCAUAUCUGUUGCCUCCCUCUACCCCCCUCAGGAUAGUGUGGUUGUUGACCAGAUCAGCCAGCUCAGUAAAGAGUGGGGGCAGGUGGAGCAGUUGGUACUGUACAUGAAGGCAGCUCAGCUCCUUGCUUCCUCUCUCCAUUUGGCAAAGGCUCAGAUAAAAUCUGCCAAACUGAAUCCCUCUACUGCUGUCAAACAAGUGGUCAAGAGUUUGAACGAGCGCUACAAAAGCUGCAUCGCUUUCUGUCGGCACCUGACAGACAAACUCAACCACUUCUUCUCUGAUAAGCAGCGAUUUGUGGACGAGAUCAACAGCGUCACUGCAGAGAAGCUCAUCUACAACCACGCAGUGGAGAUUGUUCAGUCUGCAGCUCUGGAUGAGAUGUUUAAACAAACGGAGGACAUAGCGUAUCGCUACAGCAAGGCUGCUAUGCUGCUGGAUGGCCUCUCUAAGGUCCUGCAGGAUCCUGCUGACGCUGAGAACGUGCUCAAAUAUAAAGCCAGUGUGGAACGCAGGAUUUCCUCUUUGUGCUACUGUACGGUCACGCUGUACGAGUAGCAGGCUGCAUCUGAACCAUGGACCAUGUCCUGAAAGGUCUUUGGGACAGUGGAAGGCUCUCUAAGAUUCUUGUUUCCUUCUGUAGCAGCUCUAACACUUUUUAUUUGUUCAUCAUUUGUUUUUUGGAUCUGCGUUCGUCGUCAGUUUGCUGUACUGGCUGCGUUGCAGACUGAGCUCUGAGUGAUGAACAUAUUUUCAACCAAAGAUGACAAUGGAUCAAGAGGAAAAAAACUGUUAAAACCAGAUGUGGACAUAAAAGCAUUAUUUUAAAGGUGCUUUCUAACAUGCGGUGAUGGGGGCAUCCUGUUAGCUUAGCAUAGAAGUUCUGGAUGUCAUUGGUUUUCGGCAGGAGAAAGGAGCAUUUGCAGGACUGGGAGACAGUGCUGUGGACCCUAAAAAGACUCAGACUGGUUGAAGAAACUUAUCGUAAGGUUUGAUCAAUAGUAAUUUACUCUUGUUUCAGUUUUUGUGUAUUUAUUUUUGAAAUGAACACAGACUAUUCUGCCUUUAAUGAAAACCUCAAGUACUGCAGUUGAAGGAAAACCAGGAAGGCCGACGGCUCAGAGCUGACUACAUGGACUUUGACUAGGUGCUGUUACAUGAACCAGACAGCCAUGCGAGCAAAGAAUCCUGUAGAUUUGUAAUCAUUUAGUUUUGACUUUUUGUGUAUUAAACUCCAGCACUUUAUUAUGGUAUAGGAGAAGGAGACUAUUGUGGAAAAUAAAAAUGUGAAGACUGGGUGGGCAGUUUUCUCCUCCACUCGCCUGCUGCAAACCUGCUUUGAAUGCAUGAUUAGUAAGAUCCCACAUAGACAUGCGCUCACAUUGGAGGAGGAAGUGGACUGCAGUUUGUCUGCAGCUAUUUUAAGGCCUCUGACCUUACCAUUUUAUGUAUGUAACAACAGAGCAACAUUUUGAAAGCUUUGCUCAUGACUUGUGUGUGGGUGUUAGUUUAGAUGGACUUACCACACUCAUAUGUGCGUCUAGAUGUCUGGAGGGGAACCAGAACAUGAGGGAGCGAAAGUAGGUCCUUCUACUGCAGCCAGCCGGGUAUCCACUGUAAGCCCUGAUGAAGUGAUACUGAUCUGUCACAUUUCUUGACAAGUUCCAACAAUAAGAUUCAUUUUCCUAAAAAAAAAAAAUCAGAUGCAGCUUUUUAUCGUUUCUCAGAACUGUAGCUCAUUUUUAAAGAACUAAACUUUAUGUAUGCAAACCUGUAUAUAUUUGAAUGAGCUGCAUGUAAGGAUUGCCCUUAUUAUGGGAGUGUGUGUGAGGUUAUUCAAUCAAAGAGCACAAAUCUUUAUAAGUAGUUAGAUGAAUUUAUAUUGGGUUUAUUUGUUUGCCAAGGCUUUGAUAAGAAAACCGAUCUUUGGCACACCUGGAGUGUGCCAGCAGCUCUAAUCCUUCUACCAGGACUGUUUGUUGAGAUCACACUCAUUAGUGCUCAUUUAGAACAUGACCUGUCUGUGACGUCUUCAGAUUCCAGUCAUUUACCCUCCCACUCUGAAUUUUACCAUCUCUGCUGCCUUGUGUUCGUUCAGUUCCCCUGUCUCAAUCUAGUCAUGUUCUGUUCUCAACACUGUAUGUACUGUAUGUCAGAGUUGCCAGGUGUGCAUUAAGGUCAGUAUUAUCUAGUUAAAGGUAGAAAAGGAGAGGCCUUCUUCUCAUGAAAGCAGACAUAGGCCUACUCCUCUGUACAGGUGUGAAUAUGUUUAUCUGUGUAAAAAGAAAACUUCUGAGGGGUUUCAGGGCCUAAUCCAGAUGUACUGUUCUUUUUUUCUAAACAUAUCUGAAUUUUUCCCUUAUCUUUACCAUGAGCUCGGAUCAACACAAAGCAUUUUACUGCACACAAACUGAAGAGGGAUCUGAUUGAAAACCCAGUUGAAACUUUGUAUCAUUUUGGUCUGUAUUAAAACAUGGACCGUUUUUAGAUGAAGCAUGGGUACCAAGUCUGCAAUUUACCCUGUAGAACCUCUAGAAUGUUGAAUGUAUGUCCCCUGUUGUUUUGCACCUCUCCAGCUUGAACUGAAUGCAUAUUGAGGAGUCAGUCACAACCUUUAUUAUACUCUUUCCAAGCACCAAUUUUACAAAGUGAAAAGUUAAUGUUCUACUUGUUUGAUUCCAAGGGAAGUCUCCCUUUGUUCUUGAUGGAACUCUUUGUUAUUAAAAGAAGAAAUUAA